ACAACAUGGCACUUCUCCAGUUCAGUGUUGAUCCAGCUUGUCAAAUUUUAAAAUGUUAUCUGUAAAAAUAUAAUGUUCAUAUAUUUGCAAAAUGUAUCUAAAACCUAUACUUUAUAUUGGUUUACAACUAAGUUUUUCUUAUUCUUUUUUAAGGACGAAGGGUAAAGGACAGUUGACAGUUUACCUGAUUUUACAACUCCUACAAGUAUUGGGAUGUUAUGGGAAUAGAUUGUUACAGUUCUCAUCACCAGAUGAAUAUUUAAACAUAUGCACUGAUGGAAUAAGUCAUAAAAAAGCACCAGGACCAGAAUCGGGUCUUUUUGAUAAGUGCCGUCCAUGGAAAGACCGAAGUUGCUGUACAGAAAGUUUAGCUAAGGACAUACAUGUUAACAAGACGUGGUAUAAGAUGGACUGGAGCCAUUGUCCACAGCAGCCUCUGUCAGAUAAAUGUAGAGGAAGGUUUAUUCAGGACCUAUGCUUUUAUGAAUGUUCACCAAAUGUUGGCCCAUGGUUAGUGAAGGUAAGCGGUAUGAAGAUCAGAAAGGAGAGGUUUGUAGAUGUACCAUUAUGUCAGACAGAAUGUGAUGCAUGGUGGGAAGAUUGUAGAGAUGACUACACUUGUAUUGAAAAUUGGUCAAGACAAUUUAAUUGGUCAUCAGGAACACCACAAUGUCCAUUGGGUUCCACCUGCAAAAAGUUUUCUGAAAUUUACAAGAGCUCUUCAGAUUUUUGUGAGAAAGUUUGGGAUCACUCCUGGAAGGUUGUAAAUGAUACUACACCAGAAGGCUGCUUUGUGAUGUGGUGGAAUGAAGGGGACGAGAACCCUAACCAGCAGAUAGCAUACGCUAAAGCUAGACAAAUUGUCUCCUGGGCAUCUAGAAUUACAACGAAUUUAUCUGCACUAAUAUAUUGUAUUAUUUGUUUUUUCUUUGUUACAAUGUUUUGAUUUUUCCAUGCUUUUAAGCACCAUUUUUCAGAAAAAUUUAAAACAAAAGGCCUUUGAUUAAAAGGAU